UCCACGGUAUAUAGGGGCCGUCGUCCUUGAUUUUGGGUGUUGUCCUUUUGUCUUCGGUCAUCUAUAUACCGUGUUUUUGAGUAUUUUGUCAUUGUAUAUGACUUUCCCGCUUGGGAAUCAAUUAUACUGAUCAUUCCAGGUGAGUUAAUCCAGUACGGACUACGGUGACUCGCCCAACUGCCACCAGCCUGGUAAGAACGCCGUGACUCUGCCUCAGCCUCGGGCCGUAGUCUGAGUCAUAGGAAUUGCCAUGGUGUCCGAACAGCUGGGCACACUGGGCAUGAAGUGGGACCCCAAGAAUCUGGAGAUACGCACCAUGUCUGUGGAGCGCACUCUGGAGCCGCUCGUCCUGCAGGUGACCACUCUGGUGCACACCAAGGGCCCCACCAACAAAAAGAAAGGCCGCAGUAAGCGGGCGCACGUGCUGGUGGCCGCCGUGGAGAAGGCCACGGCCAACUUCCUGGAGCGGGGCGAGCAGAUCGCCAUGGAGAACCCGGACAUCCGCCAGGAGAUGCUGGUCGCAGUCGACGAGGUCAAAAAGACCGGCGAGGCUAUGAGCACGGCGUCCCGGGCGUUUGCCGAGGAGCCGUGCAGCUCAGCGAAGCGGGGGAACAUGGUGCGCGCGGCGCGUGACCUUCUGCUCACGGUCACUCGUCUGCUGAUCCUGGCAGACAUGGUGGACGUCCACCAGCUGCUCAAGUCGCUCAAAACGGUGGAGAGCGACCUGGACCGUCUGAAGAAGGCCUCCAGUCAGGCGGAGCUGAUGGACAAUUUCCAGGCGUUCGGCCGCAACACGGACGAACUGAUGAAGCAGGCGGCGCGCCGGCAGAUGGAGCUCAAAGACCCGCAGCUGCGCGAUAACCUGGCUGCCGCGCGCGCCGUCCUCAAGAAGAACAGCAUGAUGCUGCUCACCGCCUCCAAGGCAUACGUGCGCCACCCGGAGCUGGCGGCCGCCAAGGCGAACCGCGACUUCGUGCUGCGCCAGGUGUGCCAGGCGGUGGACACCAUUAGUGACAUCGCCAACGGCCGCGCUCCGGGCGCCGGCGGCAGCGGCGGCGCCGGCACCGGCACCGACCUGUCCGAGGCGCCCGGCGUGCUGGCCGCCGCCCUCGACGAGUUCGAUGAGCGGAUCAUGAUGGACCCGCUGACGUAUAACGAGGUGCACACGCGGCCGGCGCUGGAGGAGAAGCUGGAGCUCAUCAUAUCGGCCGGAGCGCUGGUGGCUGACUCGUUCUGCACGCGCGACGACCGCCGUGAGAAGAUCGUCUCCGAGUGUAACGCUGUGAGGCAGGCGCUGCAGGAUCUGCUCUCCGAGUACAUGUCCAACAUGGGCCGCAAGGAGCCGAGUGAGGAGCUGGACCGUGCGCUGGAGCACAUCAGCCGCAAGACGCGCGACCUGCGCCGCCACCUGCGCAAGGCCGUGGUGGACCACGUGUCCGACAGCUUCCUGGAGACCAACGUGCCCCUGCUGGUGCUCAUGGAGGCUGCGCGCGCCGGCAACGAGCGCGAGGUCGACGAGUACGCCAAGGUGUUCCAGGAGCACGCCACCAAACUGACCGAGGUCGCCAAGCUGGCCUGCAACAUGUCCAACAACGCCGACGGCGUCAAGAUGGUGCUGUGCGCCACCUCGCAGAUCGAGAACCUGUGUCCUCAGGUGAUUAACGCCGCCAAAGUGCUGGCCAGUAAGCCAAAGUCGAAGCCGGCUCAGGAGAAUAUGGAGAUGUUCAGGGCCGCCUGGGAGAAUCAGGUGCGUCUUCUGACGGACGCCGUGGACGACAUCACCACCAUCGACGACUUCUUGGCCGUCAGCGAGGGACACAUCCUGGAGGACGUCAACAAGUGCGUGCUGGCGCUGCAGGAGAGCGAUGCCGACACGCUGGACCGCACGGCGGGCGCCAUCCGCGGCCGCGCCGCGCGCGUCUGUAACGUGGUCGGCGCCGAGAUGGACAACUACGAGCCGUGCAUGUACACCGAACGGGUGCUCGAGGCCGUCAAGGUGCUCCGAGAACAGGUGAUGCCCAACUUCGCCGAGCGCGUGGAGGUGGCUGUGGACGCUCUGAACGCCAACCCGCAGAAGGAGGUGGACGAGAACGAGUUCAUCGACGGCUCGCGGCUGGUGUACGACGGCGUCCGGGAGAUCCGGCGCGCCGUACUCAUGAACAGGACGGAUGAUGAACUGGAUCCCGAGGAGGUGGAGCUCGACGAGUACUACACCAUGGAGACCAGGAGCAAGUCGAGCGCGCACACUACCGACCACAUUGUGGAGGAUGAAUACCCGGACAUCAGCGGCAUCUGCACCGCCCGGGAGGCCAUGAGGAAGCUGAACGAAGAGGACAAGGAGAAGAUUGCCGAACAGGUCGAGUACUUCCGCACGGAGAAGCUGAAGUUCGACGCUGAAGUGGCCAAGUGGGACGACACUGGCAACGACAUCAUCGUCAUCGCCAAGCACAUGUGUAUGAUCAUGAUGGAGAUGACUGACUUCACCAGGGGCCGCGGCCCGCUGAAGACUACCAUGGACGUCAUUAACGCUGCCAAGAAGAUCUCCGAGGCGGGCACCCACCUGGACAAGAUGACGCGUCAGAUCGCCGACCAGUGCCCCGAGUCGAGCACCAAGAAGGACCUGAUCGCCUACCUGCAGCGGAUCGCGCUCUACACCCACCAGCUCAACAUCACAUCUAAGGUGAAGGCCGACGUUCAGAACAUCAGUGGCGAGCUGAUCGUCUCCGGUCUGGACAGCGCCACCUCGCUGAUCCAGGCCGCCAAGAACCUGAUGAACACGGUGGUGGUGACGGUCAAGGCGUCCUACGUGGCCUCCACCAAGUAUCGCAGCACCCGCGUCUCUUCUCCGAUCGUGGUCUGGAAGAUGAAGGCGCCAGAGAAGAAGCCUCUGGUGCGCCGCGAGAAGCCGGAGGAGGUGCGAGCCAAGGUGCGCAAGGGCUCGCAGAAGAAGCACCUGACGCCCAUCAAGGCGCUGGCCGAGUUCCAGAGUCCGGCAGACAGUGUGUAGGGCGACUGACGUCCGCCCCGCCCGGUCCGCGGAGUGUCCUAGCCUCCUAGCAGGGCUGCACAUUGUCACACCGGUGACUCGCCUCGGGGACCUCUUUCGUACAGUCGCAGUAUAACAAACCGGACUUUUCCUGGGGAUAUGACAUACAUAUGAAGCUUCCAAAGAAUGCGGGCCGAGAUCCAGUCUACUCCUUUGUGAUCAUGUGUUUCUGUAUCCAUGCGAAAGCCAUGAUGGACACCUUUUCUGCGUUUGGGAUAGUAGUUUACUGAAAUCCUGCGGUGGCUUUUUGAUCCGACCCUGUCCACCUGAUCAGCUGUUAAAAACCUUUGAACGAUACUGUCUUUGCUCUGCCCCGCUCCUUCCCCGGGUUUGACCGAUACCCUCCUACCCACAAAAAGGACUGGGUAGAGGGUAUUGAUACGGAUUCGGGCCGCUAGCCGGAGGAGGUUGGGUGGCUCGAGUUUCUGCUACCGUCGCGAUUUGGAUGGACUGUCCAUCACGGCUUUUGAUAAUCAGUGAAAUGUCCUGUGAGAUCGCAGUUCCGACUUGAGGGAAAGUUAUUUUGAUACUGUGUCUAUAUAAUCGUAGUGCGCCACAUUUUUAAAUAUUUUAUGCGUAGUACGAGAUUCAGCUUCUUGUGGUGUCUUCUUUUCUUUGUAAGUGUUGUCACCGAAGAGCUUCGUACGUUGUUGGAGUAAGCUGUUGUGUUGCACACCACGCACGAAUCGUUUUGUAUCACUCGGCUGAAAUGCCAGUUUGUUCAUUUCUGGAUGAUUUAGCAAUCGUUUGUCACGCUGCCUGCCUAGUGAUCUACAUCUAUAGAAUUUUGAGCAGUACGUAUAGCGACCGCUUUUCCAGAUUUUACUCCCCAGUCACUGGCUUCGCUCUUGGGUACCGAUUACUUUCUCGUGUAGUGCUUAUGUAUGUGUCAUCCGUGAUCUGUUUAUUCCCUUAUGUUGUCUUUUUGAUGGACGAUUUAGUGCUUGUAUAGUGUGAUUGAGCCUCAAAUAAUCGACCAAGCACCAUUGAUUGCAAGGACGAGCAGUUUGUAGCCUGCAGAUCACAUAUGCCUACACUUGUACCGGGCAGUUAACCGUAACUGACGGCAGAGUGUCCGUAUCGAUGAUUGAGAGGCAGCUUUAGAUGCAUCAUCGUAGCUUUUAAGAUUUUUGAAAUAAACUACUUUUGACUUCA